AUGGCUUCUCAAUUUCAACAAGAUUCUUGGUCUCCAUCCAACUAUUUAACCCAUGCUAAUUUCGUAUAUUCCAUUCCUCAACAAGAUCUUAUCACUCUUCUUGCUCCAAAAUCAAAUGAACGAAUUUUGGAUCUUGGAUGUGGUGAUGGUGCAUUGACAUUUCAAAUUCAACAGUUAUGUAAAGAAUGUAUCGGUAUUGAUAAAAGUCAUAAAAUGAUCAAAGCUGCACAAGAGAAAGGAUGUAAUGAUGUUAGAGUAGUUGAUGGAGAGAAAUUGUCAGAAUGGAUUGAAAAUGAAGGAUUCGAAGGGUCUUUUGAUGCUAUUUUUUCAAAUGCUGCAAUUCAUUGGAUGAAAAAUCAGAAAGCAGUAAUUGAAGGUAUUCAUAAAUGUCUUAAACCUGACGGAAGAUUUGUAGCUGAAUUAGGUGGUCAUGGCAACGUAGAAGUUGUUGAGAAAUCUCUAAUUGCAACACUUAAUAAACUUGGAUAUGACGGAACUUCGCUUUCUCCUUGGAAUUUUCCAUCUCAAGAAGAAUUUGCAAAUCUUCUUAUUGCCAAUUCUUUUAAAAUAAAUUCGAUUAAUUUGUUCCCUCGUCCAACUCAUUUGCCAACAAAUCUUGCUGGAUGGAUUGAAACUUUUGGAUUUGCAUUUUUAGAAGUUUUAAAAGAAGCGGAAAGAAAUCAAGUUAUAAAUGAAGUGGUUAACAUGUGCAAAUCUGAAACAUUUAAUGAAAAAGAUGACAGUUGGUCGGGAUGUCCUGGGUAUAGUGAUCUCGAGGGGUUUUUGGUUUUAACCAUGCCUUCAUGGGAGACUCUUACACCUGAAGAAUUAAAAGAAUUUAAAUUUGUCAGAUUACUUAAUGAGGAACCUCGUACGAAAACUGCAACAAUUCUUGGCACUUUAUAUUCACAAAAUGAUUCAUCAAAUCCUCAUGAUUCAAUUAUUAUUAUUGAAAAAUUACAUUUUAGUAAUGAUGAAUAUGAGAUAUUGACAAAAGAACGAAUAUCUCAAUGGAUUCCAAAUGAAAAAAAUGAUAUAUAUCAUUGGUUUAAUGGUUUGUUAAAUAAAAAUGAAAAAUGGCCAGAUUUUAAAAUAAUUCUUAUUUAUCCUGCUACUGAGACGCAUAUUGAAAAAUAUAGUUAUCAACCACGACACCUUGUACGAGAAACACCAGAAAUUUAUGAAAAAGUUAUUAAGCCUUAUAUUGAAUCUAUUCCUAAAAGUAGAAUCCAAUGGGUUUAUAACAUUUUAUCUAAAAAAAGUGAAUCUGAAAAAAUAUUAUUAGAAGUUGAAGGAGAAGAAAAAGGAUUUCUUCUAAUUCCAGACAUGAAAUGGGAUAACAAAACAAUAGAAUCUCUAUAUCUUCAGGCAGUAGUAUAUAGAAAUGACAUACGUUCAUUACGAGACUUAAAUGGAUCACAUUUACCAUUGUUAAAAAAUCUUCGCCAACAAAUUCUUGAAUUUGUUCCUCAAAAAUAUCCCAAUAUCGGUUCAGAUGAAUUACGGUUAUUUGUGCAUUAUCAACCCUCCUAUUAUCAUUUCCAUGUUCAUGUCACACAUUUAAGAAAUGAUAUUAUUGUUGGGGGAAUUUCUAUUGCCAAAGCUUUUUUACUUGAUGAUAUAAUUGAAAAUCUGGAAGUUUUUGCUAAAGAUUAUUAUAAACGAUGCACUUUAACUUAUGUCGUUGGUGAGAAUGAAACUUUAUUUUCAAAAUUAAAUGAAGCUGGAGCAAGGUUAAAUCCAAUUAUUUAA